AUGAACUCCCAGAUCAUAUCUGCCAAUCCGCGCGAGAACCCAUCCGGUUUACACAUCUUGCAGCCCAUGCCCGCAACGGCAAUGGACAACCAAGAUAACGGAGAAGAGGAAGACCGGUGGGCACGGCAGAAAGGAAAUCCGGAAUCUGGUGUGGGAGGGAUGGGGGGCAUGCGCGAAGGCAAGGCAAUUGACAUCACAGCGAAAUCGGGCGGAGGGAGACUGCCAAAGAGGGCGCUGGCCUAG